AUGGAUGUAAUCAAACAGACCUCUGAAAAUUUCGACUUUUCAGACCGCAUGAAUUUCUAUCUUCUCACCUUUGGUCUGCUAUCCGCUGUCGUGAAUUUUCCGGAAGGGUACUCAAAUUCAUACCCAAAUACUUCAUAUAAAUCAUUUCAAAGAAUGAUCAAUGGCUCCUACAUCGCACGUGGAAAUGAAGUAAGGCACUUAGUUGCUAUUAUUUUUCCCACACACAAUCUCAUGUCUAACAAGUAUUCACAAUUUCAGAAAGGAAUAUCACAAGAGGACUACAUAUGGAUCUGGUCAGCGAUUCUGAAUGUAUGGUUUCUCGGCUAUUUCUUCGGGACAUUCCUAACACCCUGUCUCCUAGAAAACAUGGGACGAAAAAGAACCCUUCUGUGUUCGAACGUGAUCGCUUUGCUUGGCUCGAUGCUUUCAUUUCUAAGUGUUACAAUUUCUGUGCCGGAACUGUUCUUCGUAUCCAGAAUUGUUGCAUCUAUAAGCUCUGGCCUCUCAUUUGGCUCUCUUAUCCUUUUCCUACAGGAGACAUCACCGACAGAAUACCGCGGUAUGACGUCUUUUCUUUCCGAGAAUACAUUCACGGCGACGACAGUAAUGGGAAUAGGGUUUGGAAUGGAUACGAUUUUUGGAAAAAACUUACCCGUCCUCACAGGUAUAUCAACGAUACCGGCUAUUAUCUCUAUAAUUAUUGUCAUCCCGCUCCGAGAGACACCGAAAUAUUUGCUAAUAAAUCGCAAGAACAGAAAAGCAGCGAAGGAAUCACUCAAGUUCUAUAGAGGAAAUACGAUCGAUGCGGAUGCUAUCUUAGAUGAAAUGCUGCUUGAAAUUGAUGAUAAAGUAUGCUCAGAAGGGUCGAUACUCCGUUCAGCUAUGCGGGUUUUACGCGAGUCGCAUCUGCGAACCCCAUUCUUCAUCGGUUGUCUCAGUCUUCAAAUCGUUGCUGGGAUAUGGCCAAUUAUUUACCUCUCAACCGAUAUAUUUUCCAAGCAUUUUACUGAACAAGCUUCACAGUCUGCUUCUUUACUAUUUAUUACAGCCAGCUUCGUUGCUGGAAUGUGUGGCAUGUUCAUUAUAGAGAGAUUUGGACGCCGUACUCUUAUGCUCUGGCUUGGUUUCUUCAACAUCGUCUCGUUGAUGCUAUUUGUAGUAUUUGAACAAUUGUCCAGCUUAUUUGAGCCGUUAAAAUGGGGCUGUAUUGUCGCUAUGACAUUAUUCGGAAUAACUUAUGGUAUCGGUCUUGGUCCAAUAGCUUUCUUCAUCACGUCGGAACUUGUUGCUCAACAACACCGAUCACUUGUGCAGUCGAUGGUAUUCGCGUCUUGGGCAUUCAUUCCUCUUUUCAUCGUUCCGUCUUCGCUUUCGAUGACGUACCUAUUUCUUAACAUGCCUGAAACAGCUGGAAGAGAAGUGCACGAGAUCGUCCAAGAACUUUUAGCACGGACCAACAAGAAACAGGUACAGCAAUUAUUUGGCAUUCAAAUGAAGGUCUGCUCAACGAAGAUCAAGUCACCGAUCUACUUCUGUGGCACUGGUGCAAGAAAACAAGGACACAACUUAAAAUGA